ACAUAUGUUGCCAAUAUUUUAAUCUCUAUUAAUCCCUACGAACAAAUAUUUGAUUUAUACAACAGCGAUGCAAUACGUAAAUAUCAGGGGAAAUCGCUUGGUACCAUGUCACCUCAUAUUUAUGCUAUUGCUGAUUAUGCGUAUCGCGAUAUGAAACGUUCACAUAAAAGUCAGUCGAUUAUUAUUUCUGGUGAAUCGGGUGCUGGAAAAACGGAAUCGCAAAAAUAUAUCCUCCGAUAUUUAUGCGAAUCGUGGGGAUCCACAGCUGGGCCUAUUGAACAGCGAAUACUUGAAUAUUUCUCAUUUGAAUAUUGUUUAAACACCAUAUGUUUUUCAGCAAAUCCAAUCUUGGAAGCAUUUGGAAAUGCAAAAACUUUAAGAAAUAAUAAUAGCAGUCGAUUUGGAAAAUUCAUAGAGAUUCAUUUCGGAUCUAAGUAUUCAGUGGCUGGUGGCUAUGUGUCGCAUUACUUGUUAGAAAAAUCAAGAAUUUGUUAUCAACAAGAGGAGGAAAGGAAUUAUCAUAUAUUUUAUCAGCUUAUUGCUGGUGCUACUAACGAAGAAGCCAGCCAACUUUAUUUAAAUUCGCCAAAUAAUUUCAAUUAUUUAAAACGAGGAUGUACGCAAUUUUUCACAACACCUUCAACAACGAGUAAAAUUCCACCCAAUCGUCGCGAUAACCGAAAUAGCGAUCUUCACGAUGAACUUAUUGAUGAUUAUGCUGAUUUUCAACGACUUCGAAUUGCUUUUAAAAAUGUCGGAUGGUCAGAUAAAGAUUCAUUGACUAUUUUUAGUAUAAUAUCUGCGCUUCUUCAUUUGGGUAAUAUUAAUUUCGUCGAUAAUAUCGAUGAUAAUCGAGGCGGAUGUACAUUAGAUUCUGCUUGUAAUAAAUCUCUUCAAAUAGCAUCGUUACUGCUUGGCCUCGAUGCUGCUGACCUUCGCGACGGUCUUAUUUCACGUAUAAUGCAGCCAACCAAAGGAGGUGUUAAGGGUACAAUGAUCAAAGUGCCACUAAAAACUUAUGAAGCCGUAGCAGCAAGAGAUGCUUUAGCAAAAUCAAUCUAUAGCAGAUUAUUCGAUUCGAUUGUUUUGGCAAUUAACAAGUCCAUACCGUUUAGCGAUAGUUGUUCGUAUAUUGGUGUUCUCGAUAUUGCUGGAUUCGGUCGAAUUUUUCAUUUUUUUUCGAAAGACAAAUUUUUCGUCGUCAAUUCUUUUGAACAAUUUUGUAUAAAUUAUUGCAAUGAAAAGCUUCAAAAUUUUUUUAACGAAAGGAUAUUAAAACAGGAGCAGGAAUUAUACAAAAAAGAAGGCCUUAAUGUUCCUCAUAUUGAGUAUAAUGAUAACGAGGAUUGUGUUGAUCUUUUCGAACAUCGGAUCCAAGGUUUACUUGAUACUCUCGAUGAAGAAGCGCGUUUGCCUCAGGCCUCAGCUCAACAUUUCACAGCGGCUGUACAUCAAAAGAUGAAAAACCAUUUUAGAUUAUCGGUUCCAAGGAAGUCAAAAUUGCGUGAACAUCGUGACAUGAGAGAUGAUGAAGGCUUUAUCAUUAGGCAUUUUGCUGGAUCAGUUUGCUAUCAUACAACAUUAUUUUUGGAGAAAAACAAUGAUGCACUUCAUACUUCAUUAGAGAUUUUAAUGGAAGAAAGAAAUCAAUCGAGUGGGCAGAAAAAUAUUUUCAACAAAUUGAUUAUCGCAUCAGUAAGCAAUAAAUUCCGCGCGCAACUUGCAACGCUUAUUGAUAAACUGAAGUUGACAAAUACUCAUUUUAUUCGUUGCAUUAAACCGAAUUCUGAAAUGAAACCCGGUAAAUUUGAAGGAGUGCAAAUAUUAAGUCAGUUGAAAUGCGCAGGAAUGGGAAGUGUCUUGAAGUUGAUGCAAAAAGGCUACCCUUCCAGGGUGAAGUUUGCUGAUUUAUAUAAAACAUACGAAAAAGUGUUGCCGAAUCGACUUUCUCAUUUGGAUAGUCGACUUUUUUGCAAAUGUCUCUUUCAUGUGCUUGGUCUUAACGAUAAAGAUUUCAAGUUCGGGCAAACGAAAGUAUUCUUCAGAUCCGGAAAAUUUGCGGAAUUCGAUCAGGCACAGUUUUUUAUUGAACAAAUUCGUGGCUAUGUCGUGUUAGAUGGAAGAAAAUGCAAUACGGUGUAUGGUCGUGCAUUAAAUGUUAUUUUUUUGCGAGAUAUUUUAAAUUUUACAAUCUUUGAAUUCAGAAAAAAAGUUUUGAAGCUUAUUAGCGACAUUAAAGAGGAAGAAAGAAGUUAUAAAGAAAUCAUUUCAGAUAUAGUUUAUUUUUCAACUUUUAUAUUUUUUUAUUUAUUUAUUUUUUAUUAUUUAUUUAUCAGCUUUUAUUUGUAUUCUUUAUAUUUAGAUAUUAAUUUGCUGAAAGCAUGCAAAGAAGAGUUUCAUCGAAGAAUGCGUGUAUAUCAACAAUGGAAGGAAAAAAAUCAAAGUGAUAAUGAACAAAAAAAGCGAUCUGUUCCAAUGGCUUUAAUGUCCAAAACAUUUGUAUCUAAAGAAAAAUCUAACAGUACGGAUUUCCCAAAUAUUCAACGAUAUUUCAAAGUUCCCUUCUGCAGCUCAGCAGGUAAAUCUGGUAGCCAAGGAAUAUGGUAUGGUCACUUCGACGGUCGUUGGAUCGCUAGACAGAUGGAAAUCCAUCCUAACAAGCCACCAAUUCUUCUUGUGGCGGGUCGCGACGAUUUCAAUAUGUGUGAACUGCCUCUAGAUAGUACUCAAUUGACAAGGAAGAAAGGUGCAGAAAUAUUAUCAGAAGAGUUUGAAACUCUUUGGUCGCACUACGGAGGACAGCCUUAUUUUAACAUAUCGCGAUUUCAAAUGCCUUUGGAAAAGUGA